UCGCUCGCUCGCAAGGCUUCAGCAGCUUUUUUCCCAAUUGACACUCGAUACUCUGUAGAAAAAACAUUUCAUUCCUCUCGUGCAAGACCAAUCAACUUCUUCAAGCGUCAAACAUGGCCACGUUCAAAGGCUACGACCUCAUCGUCGUCGGCACCGGCUUCGCCGGCUGCAUGACAACGCUCAACUUCCUCGAAGAGUGCCAGCGCCUCGGCAAGCAAGGGCGCGUGGCGGUCGUGGAGGUAGGCAAAGAGCACGAGCGCUCGGGGGCCUCGAAGUGGACGAUGGCGUACCUGCGCCUCGACAAGAAUCUCGACUUUGACAAGGAUUGGAUCAAGGAGAUGCGCCGCGUGACGGACGGUGUGGCGGAUGAGGCGUAUUGUGAGAAGUUGCGCAAGGAGGCGCCGAUCUCUGCGCGAUAUCUUGAGGAGCAUGGGGUCAAGUUUGUGCAUCAUGAUGAGCCGAAUGUGUUGUUGGAGUUUGAUACGGAUCAGCACUUUGUUUUCCCCGAGGGCGGCGGGAACGCCAUCAUCCAGCGUCUCCUGACGGACAUUCGCAAGUUCCCCAACGCCGAAUUCCACUACCAAACGGAAGCCAGCAAGCUACUGACAGACGAGUCCGGCGCCAUCAAGGGCCUCAAGGUCCGCAAGAGCGACGGGCUGCUCCACGACUUGUACGCUCCCAACGUCAUGCUGGCCUGUGGCGGCUUCGAGGGCAACCAGGAGAUGCUGGCCCGAUAUAUUGGCCGCGACACGCACAAGCUUCCUUUGAUCGCGCCAGGCUUGAAGUAUAACCGUGGAGCUGGCUUGCGGAUGUGUCUUGAAGUUGGUGCUGGGACUGCGGGUUCGUUUGAUGGGAUGCAUUGCGAGCUUGUCGAUAAGCGUGCUGGCAAGCCGGACGCAGUCAUUUGGGGUCAGUUAUCGCAUAGUGUUGUGAGAAAAAAUAUCGCUAACAACUCGAUUGCAGGCCACAACUACGGCAUCCUCGUCAACGACGAGUGCGAACGCUUCUACGACGAAGGCGAACGCCACCUCUUCGCCACCUUCGAGAUGGCCGCGCUGCACACGUGGAAAGACCAGAACCAGUCAUGCUCCUUCAUCACCGACGCGGUCAUCAUGGACCGCUUCAAGGGCAGCUGGGUGUACGAGACGACCGACGUGCCGCCGGAGAAGGGCGACACGAUCGAAGAGCUGGCGGAGAAGCUGCACCUCGACCCGAAGAAGCUGAAGAAGACGGUCGACGACUUCAAUGCUGCCAUUAACGAUAAGCCGUUUGACUUGAUGAAGCUUGAUGGCAAGUCGACGACGGGGCUCAAGCCCAACAAGACCAAUUGGGCCUCGCCCAUCAGCAAGGCGCCCUUCUACGGCUUCCCUUGCACCUCCAACCUUACCUUUACUUACGGCGGCGUCAAGACCGACCUGCACUCGCGUGUGGUGUCGACGAACGACAUCCCUAUUCCGGGUCUGUAUGCGUCGGGCGAGAUGACGGGCUUGUUUUACAACGAGUACCCGCCGGCGACGUCGUGCUUGCGAAGCAUGACAUUCGGCCGCAUCGCCGGCACGGAGAUUGCGGAGAAGUUGAAUGGAGGGGAUCGUUUGACGUCGAGCGGGAUUGCGAGCUUGGCCUUCCGUAAAUGAUUGGCCAUGACGCUGACCAACGGAGAGCUGUGGAGUGUAUAGGGCGCAAGCACAACAAAAUGGAGUGAAAUUGGGUAAUGAUCAGAUGGGAUAAGAUGAGAAAACAAAGACAUACUGUACAUAUACGCGCGUCUCCUCGUACAAGGCCAUUGUUGGAGUAGGAAUGCAGGGCGCACCCUUGUACUCGGGUGAGUUGUGCGACCUUGUGGAGGUGAGUUCGACGGCUCUGCUGUUGUGCAUGCUGCUGUGCGUGGGUGUCACAAAGACACCUCAGUUUCAGCUGGGAUGAACUGGACGAGGUCCUCGGCCACGAGGAGGAUAGAUCCUGAUUUUUCCGAGAGGGAACAGAGUGUGGUAAGUUGGUGAGAUGCAGGAGAGCAUGGUACCUCGCUACUGCACCUCG